AUGGAAGGAUGCUUUUUCUCUAAUUCCUUAUCCGUUCUUGUUAACGGUACCACUAAUAAGGAUUUUAGAGUGGAGAAAGGCCUUAGAGAAGGGGAUCCUCUCUCCCCUUUCUUGUUUGUUCUAGCCAUGGAGGUCCUUACGGCUUUAGUGAAGAAAUCCAAAGAAGUGGGAGAAUUUCGUGGGUUUAAGAUAAAUGGAGAGAAAGAAGUGGAUAUCUUACAAUUCGCAGACGACACGAUUAUUCUAGCCGAGGGAGAAACCGCUUAUUUGUGGAGUGUGAAGGUUAUUCUAAGAGGUUUUGAAUUGAUGUGCGGUUCCCGCAUUAAUUUUCACAAGAGUAACCUUUACGGUAUUAACGUUGAUCAAUGGUUUAUGGAAGCCGCUUCAACCUUUCUAUCUUGUAAAGUCGGUUUGUUACCUUUUAAAUUUCUUGGUGUGAGAGUGGGGGGAGAUCCUAGGAAGCUUGUGAUGUGGAGAGAUUUGUUGUCGAUGAUGAAAACAAGAUUGGUCGUGUGGAGAGGGAUUCAUCUUAAUAUGGCGGGUAGGGUGGUGUUUUGA